AUGACUAAUUAUUUUGUCUGGAUAGGAAUUGUGGAGGACGAUGAAGAUGAAGAUGAGCACGCCAAGAGGAGAAAGGGGAAGAAGUUUAAACUCGUGUUACACCUCUCUCGUACGAAUGCCAAUUCUUACAAUGCAGCCUGUGUCGCAUCCGAAUCGGGCAGGGCUGCAACCAAUAGACAGAAGAUGGAUAUUGUGGCAAAGGUUCAAGUGGUUCCUACGGGAGCCAAGUCUGGACGCUAUGUGCACUUCAUAGACGGAGAUCUCACCAGCUACCCUAAAUGGUUAGAGGCUGAUCUUUUCUUUGAUGGACCCUCACGUUCUCACUUCAGUAAUUCGACAUGUCAUGUGCUCGUCAUCAAGAAUCCUUCACCAAUAAAGGUCGGCGAUUUUGGCCUUUCAAAAGUAAAGUGUAGGACCUCGAUAUCAUCUGGUAGUGCACGAGGAACAAUCCCAUGGAUGGCACCUGAGCUUAUGAAUGGAAGAAGAGAUUUGGUCUCCGAAAAGGUUGACGUAUUUUCUUUUGGUAUUGUGAUGUGGGAGCUACUUAUGGGCCAAGAGCCAUAUGCCAACAUACCUGAUGAAGCAAUUAUAGAUGGGAUAGUGAACAACACUCUAAGGCCUUUCAUUCCAGAGUCUUGUGAUCCUGAGUGGAGAAACUUGAUGGAGCAGUGCUGGUCAACAGAGCCAUCGGAAAGGCCAUGCUUCAUUGAGAUUGCUAAUAAAUUGUGUUCUAUGGCAUCUUCCCAUUUACAACAGAGCCAAACCUGAUCAUCUCAACAAUUUUCUUGAAGGUGACUUCU